AUUGUCAAAACUUUGUUCUAACACCACGUGUCGAGUUUUACGUUGAUGCUCCCUCCCAAAAACAAAAGAAAAUUGCUUUUCUCAUUUCAAAGUCUCACUCACUUCACCAUUCUCUCUCACAAUACAGCUUCAAGUCUUCAACCUCAAUUUCUAUGGAACUGUAGGGAGAGAACUAUUAGUAGAUAGAUUCUUACAGCAUUAACUUGUCAUGGAUAAUUCGGAUCAGACUCAACAGCAGCAACAAUCUGCGAUCGGAGUCGCACCAGGUACUAGCCAAAUGGUCUAUUCUUCUCACUACCAGACUGUUCCCAUGUUGGCUUCUGGCACACCUGCUGUAGCUGUUCCUACCCCAACACAGCCUCCAGCCGCCUUCUCUAAUUCCGCCCACCAAUUCGCAUACCAGCAAGCACAGCAUUUCCACCAUCAACAGCAGCAACAUCAACAUCAGCAGCUUCAAAUGUUCUGGGCAAACCAAAUGCAAGAAAUCGAGCAAACAUUUGACUUUAAAAACCAUACUCUCCCACUUGCGCGUAUAAAGAAAAUAAUGAAAGCUGAUGAAGAUGUCCGGAUGAUUUCAGCAGAAGCUCCAGUCGUAUUUGCAAAAGCAUGCGAAAUGUUUAUCUUAGAGCUGACUUUGCGAUCUUGGAUCCACACAGAAGAGAACAAGAGGAGAACACUACAAAAGAAUGAUGUAGCAGCAGCUAUUGCAAGAAAUGAUGUUUUUGAUUUCUUGGUUGAUAUAAUUCCAAGAGAUGAAUUCAAAGAAGAUGGGCUUGGAAUGGCAAAGGCUACUACUCCGAUAAUCGGUGCUCCAGCUGAUAUGCCAUAUUAUUAUGUCCCGCCACAACAUCCUUUAGGUCCUACAGGGAUGAUCAUGGGAAACCCAGUUGAUCAUGCAGCCCUAUAUUCUAACCAGCAGCCUCGACCUCCUGUGGCUUUCAUGCCGUGGUCAAAUGCACACAUUCAGCAACAGCAGCCACCACAACAGCAACAAACAGACUCUUAAUGAAAAUUUGGUGCCUUUCAGUUUGCUGUAGUUUAGUGUGAUGCGUUGAAAAAUACCGAAGGUUGUUUGAGAUUGUUGUACUCAUUUGUGAUUGUAUGAGCUCUUUUACUGAGUUACUACGUAGUGUUCGUUGUUUACUUUUCAGGUAAUGUUGUGCAUGUGAAAUUAGUUUGCAGUUGUCCAUAACUAGCUAGCGUAGAUGAUUAGGUCGUUUGAAAUGAUGAAAAUGUUUGUAAUGAAGACAGUUUGAAAGUUUUCAAUGUCAUUGCAAUGGUGAGUUAAAGCUCAUCUGCUAAGUACA